AUGGCUUCCAAGACGGGCCCCGGCGGCGCAGCUACCUAUGCCGACUGCGUCGAUUCGCUGCGCAACUCGCUCAAAUUCCUCGAGGCGUCCGUGGACACGAUUGAUCGUGGCGUAUCCGACUUCCCUCGCCUCAUGACCGUCCUCAAGACAGUCCGACACUACGAGCUCAUUCCCCAACCCACGCUCGCUGCGGCAGAGGCUUCCCUGCGCGACGAGAUUGGGCCCUACAUCGCAUUUCUCCUCAGCCGUGCCGAUGCUCAGGUUGAGCGCCAAGAACGCCGCAUCGAGACGCUCAAGGCUCGCGCGGAGCUGCAACAAGGACGGCUUGCCAGGUCUGACGACCCGAUGCGCGGCGUACCAAAGCCGUCUACAAAGAGCCGGCAGCUCCGUGGCGAAGACAAGUUGCGCGCCCGGAUUGUGCGCCAGCGCAAGGAAGCUCUGCGAUAUGGCAUUGAGAGAUUGGAGCUGGAAGUGCUCCAGAAGGAAAGAGAGCUGAGAAAGCGUCUGGACAGCCGAUAA